GGAUGAUAUCAAAACACUGAGCACAUCACCCUGAGGUGUCACACUUAAAUCAAACAUGGAGCCUAACUGUGCUGCAUCUUUCCGCCUCCUCCAGGAAAGAACUCGCAGUUUGCUGAGAGAGUGGUACCUCCAAGACCCGUACCCCAACCCGUCCAGGAAACGGCAUCUGGCGCAGGCCACCGGACUCACGCCCACACAGGUCGGAAACUGGUUCAAGAACCGUCGCCAAAGAGACCGAGCAGCAUCUGCAAAGAACAGAUUGCAACAGGAUCCGUCCCUCCUUCCUUCUGAAAGCUCCCCCGACGGGUCCCUUCAAGAGCGUCGCCACCACCCCCACCUCCUACCCACCUCCCCUCGCCACCCGGGCAGCCCAGAGGCCAGCGACUGCAGCACGGAGACCGAGCGCAGAGGAACGGGCGCCUCCACUCCGGAGAUCUCAGUCAGCAGCGACAGCGAGUUUGAGUCUUGAGAUGACGGGACUCCAGGUUCGUGGACAGACUCUUGUUUCCUGCCGGGACAAGAGCAGCGUCCGUCAUCAGACGUACGAUAGAGACAAUCUGUGGACGCGUGGAGACGUUCGCACGGGAAGGUGGACGAGCACGGAGAGCUGCUGAGGCUCAGAGGGAACGAUAUGCAAAAACAUUAUGCACUUAAAAAACGCACCAUGGCACAAACACUCUGGACUGUUCAUAGGUAAACAUCUACGUGGUACUUGUACAAGGAACAAGUGUUUUCAACAAGUAUUUAUAGAAAUAACGCCAAUGGUCUUUAGAUAAUGUGAAUAUUAAUACUAAAAGUUUUGAUACAGAUUCCAGUGAAUAUUUUUGUAGAUCAUUUUCUAAUAGUUUUAAAGUGAGCGACGUGACACCACUCUGUGAACAUUAAAUGCCUUGAGUAGGCUACUAUUGUACGAGAAUAUGUUUACAUGCAUGCGUUUAUAAUUGGACUAUUAUCAGAGCAAAGCAAAACCCAGACUGGAUAUUUUCAUGCAGACGAUUCACUUCAUGAAAUGGUGUUUCUUCACGAUCCAGCCUCGACGUGCAUGUAAACAUAGCAAAUGAGCAAUUCAACACAUUUCACCGCCUUAAAGGAACAAAGGGCAUCACUCUGUUACAAUGCAAUCAUUCUCGAUGACGUCAGACAGCGUUGUCUCGACGUGAUUAACGAUGUACACAUGCUGCUCAAACCACGGAACAUUCUCUGUCACCUGCUGCGUUUCAACCGUCCACUUCUGGUUUGGUUGUUUUCUCCGAAGCUGCUCCGGUGACUGUUCUCCUGCAGGAACUGAAGCAGAAAGGACGAUGUAAAAAAACAACAGGGGUCUUAACUCAGUGUGCCUAUUCCGUUUGAGAGCAGUGAGACCUGUGUCCUCACGUCAGAAGGAAGGCGUGCCGCUGUCUCUCCCGUCACACGUUCAUGACAAGACGCAUUUUGUAAAUGUUUUGUGUAAAUAAAUGAAACU